CACAGACAAACAGACUUAGAAAAAUCCUUUACGAAGCACCGGAGACAACGCGCUCUUGUGGAAAGAUGUAAUGAAACGAUGUGCAUAGAGUAGCCUAGCAUUUCCACUGCUACAACCCGAGCCCCAUGUAUCAGGAGAGCAGCGGGAUUUGAGAAGCGCAUCCCCCGGUUUCCACUCACUUUUCUUGGCAUGCCUUUCGAGCUCGGUCUUGGGGUUUUUUGCUCCUUUUUUUAACGCUCAUGAACGCCAAUACACGGAGACGGGGGCACGGUUGGUCCACAUCAGCGCUACAGCUUUGUUUAAAUAUACCCAGACUACAUGAAGCAUUGCUGUCAGGCGUCACGGCUUUAUGUCAAAAUAAAUCUGAAGAAAAAAAAAGUAAGAAAUCAAAUAAUUGUAGGAAGAUGGCGCCCACCAAGCCUAGCAUUCAGCAAGACCCUACAAGAAGAGAACGCGACCCUUACUGGGAGAGGCCUGCUAAUGCCAGCUCCUGUUCUGUCUCUAGGCCCAAGACACUCCACCUUGGAGGAGGGCAACAACAUACCUCAUCGCCAUGGUUGCAGGCUCUGAGGAAGGAGAAGUCCCGGGAUGCGGCUCGCUCGCGGCGGGGGAAGGAGAACUUUGAGUUCUACGAGCUGGCUAAGAUGUUGCCUCUGCCCGGCGCCAUCACCAGCCAGCUGGACAAGGCUUCCAUCAUCCGCCUUACCAUCAGCUACCUUAAGAUGAGGGACUUUGCCAACCAGGGGGACCCACCAUGGAACCUGCGCAUGGAAGGCCCACCGCCCAACACCUCCGUCAAAGCUAUAGGAGAUCAGCGAAGGAGGACUCCCAGUGCGGUAGCCUCAGACAUCUUCGAGCCACACCUCGGGAGCCACAUAUUGCAGUCCCUGGAUGGAUUUGUAUUUACACUAAACAAGGAGGGAAGGUUUUUAUACAUCUCUGAGACGGUGUCUAUAUACCUGGGGCUUUCACAGGUGGAGCUGACAGGAAGUAGUGUGUUUGACUACGUCCACCCUGGCGAUCAUGUGGAAAUGGCAGAGCAGCUGGGCAUGAAGCUGCCCCCGGGGCGAGGCCUCCUUUCUCAGGGCACCGCCACCGAGGACGGCGCCAGCUCUGCCUCCUCCUCCUCACACGCAGAGACCCCCGAGCCAGUCGAGUCGACCAGCCCCACCCUGCUUCCCCCAGACAACAUUCUUGAACGCUCCUUCUUUGUCCGUAUGAAGUCCACACUGACCAAGAGAGGUGUCCACAUCAAGUCUUCAGGCUAUAAGGUGAUCCAUGUUACAGGCAGGCUGAGGAUCCGUAUGGCAAUGACCCACAGUCGGUCAGUACCCAUUCAGAUCAUGGGCAUGGUGGUGGUAGCCCACGCCCUCCCCCCCCCCACCAUCAACGAGGUGCGCAUAGACUGCCAGAUGUUUGUCACCAGGGUCCACAUGGACCUCAACAUCGUCUACUGUGAGAAUAGAAUUAGCGACUACAUGGACCUGACGCCAGUGGACAUCGUAGGGAAGAGGUGCUACCAGUUUAUUCACGCAGAGGAUGUGGAGGGCAUCCGGCACAUCCAUUUAGACUUGAUAAACAAGGGCCAGUGUGUGACCAAGUACUACCGCUGGAUCCAGAAGAACGGUGGGUACAUCUGGAUCCAGUCCAGUGCCACCAUCGCCAUCAAUGCCAAGAAUGGCAAUGAAAAGAACAUAAUCUGGGUCAACUACGUACUCAGUAAUCCAGAGUACAAGGACACACCCAUGGACAUCGCCCAGCUACCCAACCUUCCAGAGAAAGCCUCAGAGUCUUCAGAGACAUCCGACUCUGAGUCCGAGUCCAAGGACAACUCUGACGACAAUGAGAACUCCAAGUGGGACAGGAAGGGGAACCAGACUGAGAACACAGAGGACCCGGAAACAAACAGUACAAAGCAGCAGCAGGGCCAGUCGUCCUCAGAGCAGGAGAUGAGGCGUCAGGAGGAGGGAGACAGCUCCUCCAACCCAGAGAGCCAGGAGAGCGAGGACGAUCUGGAGCCCAGCGACUGUGAGGUGGAGACCAAGGAGGGCAGACUGGGCCGGCUGGAGGACCUGCACAUCAAGGUGGAGCACUACGGAGAUGGAAACGGAGGGGUGGAGCUGCACGACUCGCCUUCCUCCUCCUCUGAAGAAGAAGAUGAUGAUGACGAUGAGGAAGAUGACGACAGCUUUAAAGCCUGUGACAGCGCCACCGAGACUCUCGCCACCCCCGCUGCCAGUAAGCAGCAGAAGCGUAAGAAGAGGAGGAAAAAGCAGAAAUGGGACGGUAGUCGUCCUAAACGUAUGUGCCUCUCCUCUGCCACCCCCAGCUCUAACACCUUUGUUGGGGCUGUCCCCCUCCUGCCGACCCCCUCCCCUGCCAGUGCCUCUGUGCUCAAGAUCAAAACGGAAAUGUCCGAGCCCAUCAACUUCGACAAUGACAGCAUCAUCUGGAACUACCCACCCAACAGAGAGAUCUCCAGGAACGAGUCUCCCUACAGCAUGACGAAGUCCGUCCCAGCCCACGAUACCUUCCCCUCCCCACAGCCUGGUAGUCUGCAGGUCUCCAUCCCAGACUCAGUGCUCACUCCCCCAGGAACAGAGGGGGGCAGUGGGGGCGCAGGUACCAGGAAGGGUGUACCCCCCUCCUUCAGCGGUUAUAGCAGCGCCCCCUCCUCGGCCUCCAGCGCCGCUAGCCUGGCCCCUCCCUCUGGCUCUGGGUCCUCCUCCGACCCCCUGUCCCCGCCUCUCUCGGCCUCGCCGCGCGACAACCAGCAAUGUCAGAGCACCCCCACCACGUCCGGCUCCUCCCUGCUGUACACCAGCGACCUGGAGGCCCUGCAGAGGCUGCAGGCCGGGAACGUGGCUCUUCCACUGGUCCAACGAGUCACCGGCACCCUCGCCACGACCAGCACUGCUGCCUCACGGGUCUACACCACUGGCACCAUCCGCUACGCCCCCGCCGACGUCACUCUGGCCAUGCAGGCAGGCGCCAACCUGCUGCCCAACAAUGUGGCCCAUGCUAUGAACUUUGUGGAUGUCAACGGUAGCCCCAGCUUCGGCAUCGACCCCAAGACACCCAUGGAGAUGCUGUAUCAUCAUGUCCACCGGCUCAACAUGGCUGGCCCUUUUGGGGGUACCAUGUCCGGCGCCAGUCUCACCCAGAUGCCAGCAGCCAAUGUAUUCACCACGGCAGAGGGACUGUUCUCUACUCUUCCAUUCCCUGUCUACAGUAACGGAAUACACACCACACAAACUCUGGAGCGCAAAGAAGAUUAGAGCAAAACACCAAGACCAUAUUACUGUGUUCAACUGUCAGAGACUCGUUGAGGCAUAAGACUGUGUUUCAAGUGGAAAAUAAAUAUAUUCUAGCAUUUUGAAUUUGAGCAAUUGAGCUUGUGUACUAGAAAUGAAUGGCUCCUAGUCUUUCUAUCCUUUUCUCUCUCUCUAUUGACUCCCAUUCUAUCAAUCUCUCGUCCUCUUCUUGCUCCUCUUACAGUACUAUCAAUUAGAUUUUCUCUGAUCAAACCCAACUGACUAUUGUUUAUUGUAAAGAAUUCAUUUUUGCCUACAGAGAAUUCAUAUUACCGUUGGUCUCCUACUGGAGUCUGGGGUAAACGACUUUUAAUUUGAGUUGAUUAUGUUGCAUCUUUAUGAAGAUGUCUAGUGUAUUUAAAGAGUGAUGGUGGAAGAUAUAUUUCUGUGGAAAGAAACCCUUGGAUGAUUUUGCUUCAUAUCUUGAUGUGAUCAAGGUUGACUAUGACAAAAGGAUGUUACUCUGUUUGACAUUGUCAUAGAAAUAACCUUAAGAAGUACGUUUUAAGGUUAGAUCAUAAUAAGGGUAUAGUAGUUUAUUUUAUAAUUCAUUUUGUUUAUUUUUUAUAGAACAGAUUUAACUUGCAAAUCAAGCAUUAAAAAGCAAUUUUAGCAGGGUAUUUGCCUGUGAAUAGAAUGUUAUAAAUCCCAGGACUUUGGAACAAGUACAGGUCGGUGUGAGAUACAAGUAUUCCCCCGGUUCCAUUUCCUCGGUUAUGUCUCAAAUGGCACCCUGUUCCCUAUUUAUUGCAUUACUUUUGACCAGGGCCCAUAGGGCUCUGGUCAAAAGUAGUGCACUAUUUAGGGAAUAGGAUGCCAUUUGGAAUGCACUCAUCCUCUGCAGAUCCAUGGUGCUACUGUUCCAUCAAGUUACUACCCUCCUUCAGCGGGCUGAUGUAGGUUCUUCUGUUCCACAGCUCUCUCACAGAGAUGAGUGAUUGAGUGACAGCUGGGGAGAGUCAAACCUCUAAUCAACAUAGUUUCGUGUUCAUUACUACUCCCCUCUGUCAAGUUCAAGGGCUCAAUCAGAUUGGGCCUGAAGGAUAGAAUAUACCUAUAUGGAGCAGGUUGAUUUUGUUUGUAUUUUUUGAAAACUAGAUCACUUUCUAGUCUCAGUGUAACAGAGGCUAAUUUGCAUCAUUAACUUGAAAAAUGAAUGUUUAACUUUGACUGGCUUCUGUCAGUUGUUUUUUCUACUCUACCCUUCCUCUUUCUUUUACAUCCUAAACCUCACUACUAUCAACAUCAGUCUCCCAAAUCCGUUCUUCCAUCAGCCAUUGUCCGAUUCCUGAAAUCACAUAUCAAGGAGAUUGUAAUAAAGACAUGCGUUUCAAUCAAAACGGAAUAUGUUUUUGGAAAAAUCACAUUCCCUAAUUUUUUCUCUGUUGCCAAAAAAGUUAUCUCACAGUUUGGUGUUAAGAACACUGUGAUUGCUGUUUAAAAAAUUGUAAUAAAAUGGAAAAACUGUCACUUCAUCUUUUGACAGCCGUCCAUCAAGUAAUCUAUUACUAAGCGUGAUAACCGUAAACGUGUACCAUGUGUAAGUGUCACUGGCUGUCAGUCUCCAUAGCGAUUUCAGUGUGUGUUACUAUAUGCAGUGUUACUGAGCUGAUGUAGCUGUUUUGUCCUUUGUCUUCUCUGUGCUUUAUCUGUAGUCUGGGGUUGGACAGGGAACGUGUGUAACCCUCUCCUUCUCCUCUGCAGUCUUAGUGGACCCGUGGAGGUUAGUGGAUUUCGUGUGGUGGCCUUCCAAUGUAGCGUCACCUUUUGCUGCUUCCUUCUGUCUGUAUUUCUUUCUGUUUCUGCUGUUGCUUUGCUGUUGUGUAGUCUACAGACCUCUCUUUCUCUCAGAGAUAAAAGACUCUUAACUAGCUCAAAGGUUUAAGAGCCAUUUUUUGCCAUUGAGGAAUUCUGGGUUUACAGUUUCCAGCUUGAAUUUACCUACCCUAUGAAAAAUUACGACAAAAAGCUAAAGUAGCAUUUAGAUGUAUCUUCUAGACUGGAACCAUAAAAGCCUCAGUUGUGAAACAUUCCCAGAGUCCCUUGUGCUUCUUGUAUGCAUUGGGUGUAUUUCAUUGGUUUCCACCAAACCUGUUGACUUCAAGGACCAUGCAACUCACAGGACAAAAAGAUGAUGGUAGUAUUUCAGGACAAUAAACAAUUUUAAAGAUUUCUAAAGAAAUGAAAAUAACAAAUAUUUCGCACUAUAAAUCUAUUUUUAUAGAUGUUUUGGAAAUGCAUGUUUACUAAGUUGAUUGUUAGUUUACUUGAUUUCAUUCGGUCCAGCAGCUUUGUCUCAACGUUCAGUGUUUUUUAGUCUGUCCAACAAAGGGAGGGGGAGCCUUUGUCUUUUGAACUGAAUCAGGCUACUCCCCUACAUCAGGAAACAGUGUCUGUAGUUUCUGUGUAGACGUGUUGUUAAGCAAAUCCAGGUCAUGAAAUAAAUGUUUUAAAAAAUAAUAAAAAAUGAACGUUUGGGGUUGGUUGAUUGGAAUGCUGGAAUGGUUGCAGGGGAGCUUGGUGUCAUCACUUGAGAUUGAUUCUAUCCUAGAUGUUAGUGUUUUCUAAGACAUAGCGAAGCAGGGUGAGACUGUCGGGUCGGGGGCACAGCUCACUUAAAACAGACACUGUGGACGGACCAGGAAAUACACCCAUAUGUUACAACAGAACAUCAGGAUGAGCUGUUUUAAUGUCUCUGUGUUGUGUCAAAAUGAAUUGGUGAUUUAAACUUAAACUAAUCUCAGCUACUGUCAGAUACAUAGUGUUUAAAGUUUAAAUAUGAAAAAUGACUUCAUUACCUGUGAAGACUGUGUCUGUGUUUUUAACAAUUUCUUGUACAAUUAUACAGAUUAUUUUAAGAGGAACCAAGUAGAUGAAUACUACAGGAGAAGGGGAUUCUCUUAGUAUCAAUGUUAACAGUGUUAUAAAUUCUAAAUACAAACAAAUUAAAAUAUUAAAAAGAGAACUAUGGUACAUUUAUUGUUUUAUUUGUUUUAUUUUUUAUUUUUGAAGAAAAACAACAACUAACUGAAGCUAACUUUGAGUGCCUGGCUUAUUUUGUAUAUAUUUUUUUUAAACAUUUUUAUUUCCAUUUUUUAAUAAUGCUGCAAUUUCAGAAAUGUACAUACUUCAUUUUACAACAGGGUUAUUUUAUACUUUUGUAGGUUUCCAUUUGUUCAAAUAAACCUGUCAUCAUCAUCCAUGGUUGUUUUCUGUCUGUAACACUUUGUUUUACCAUCUAACAGGUGCCAUAUUCAUAAUAAACUUCUCAAAGAUUUGUU